AUGACAGUGCUUUGUUUUCUGAGCAGAACACUGCAACUAGCAAGGCAUUCAUCCAGUCCACUGGGGAGACAACUCUGUUCAGCCAGUGCGAAUAAGCCAGUGUUGACUUUAUUCACCAAGAAACCAUGCCCUCUAUGUGAUGAAGCAAAAGAAGUGCUUGAGCCAUAUAAGAGAAGGUUUAUUUUGCAGGAGGUGGAUAUUACCCUUCCAGUGAACUCAGCGUGGUAUGAUAAAUACAAAUAUGACAUACCUGUUUUUCAUUUAAAUGGGAAGUUCCUAAUGAAGCAUCAAGUAGAUAUUCAAAAGUUUGAGGACCAGCUUAUGAAGCUGGAGUUGCAAAAUGAUGGAAACCAGUGAAGAAAGUGCAGCUGCUCUGGUGUGGAUCUGAAAGGACUGUGCAACAUAAAUUGUGUGAAAAAGCAGUAUUUUUUAUCUGGCCUUACAUUUCUUAGGACAUAUGGCACCAGUGUCCUAAAAAACUUGAGUAAUGCGUAGUCUAUUUUGUAUUAAUUGUCCAGGCCAGCUGCACCAGUAGCAACCUUUUCUGUACCGUUCAUU